CCGUAAUCCCCCAGGUUUUGCCUUUGUGGAGUUUGAGGAUGAAAUGGAUGCAGAAGAUGCUGUUAGAGGGUUAGAUGGAACGUAUAUAUGUGGGUCAAGAGUAAGGGUUGAGAUGUCAAACGGCAAGAUCAGGCCAAAGCCUUGGCAGAGGGAUCGUGGGCGAAGCGGAGGUGGUAGACCCUAUAGUUCGUCUGACCUGUGUUAUCGCUGUAAUAAGCCAGGACAUUAUGCUUAUGACUGCAGAGGUGGCUUUAGGGGAAGCCGCAGAGCUGCAAGCAUCACUAGAUCCCCAGCUCCUCGCUAAAUCUCACCAUGUCUUCAACGCUGACCAAUCAUCAAUCACUUAAGAAGUGACU